AUGGUUGCGCAAUGCCCCUGCGUAGUGUUAGCGCUGAUACCGCUGGCUGAUUCUGCUAAGCAGAUUGUGUCGGGCUCGUACAGGAGUAUGGUCUCGUCCUCAACGAGCAUCAAGGUUAGCACAGUCAAGCACCGCAUUGGACUGGCAUCAGCCAUACUCAUAGGCGUGAACCAGGCAGCCAAGGACUUCUUGAUCGCCGAGAGGGCAGCGGUAUCAAAUCUCGUCCAGCGACUUCGACUGCCUGGCGUUCAGCCCACUCAAGCAGAGCAGAACAUCCUGAACAGUCAGUUCACGGAUGCGGACCGACUACAAUAA